CACUGCCCUAGCUGUUCACCGACAGCAAACACUCCAUAGCGAUAUAUGCAUUGCUGUUACAGCCCGUGACAAUGUCGGCCAUAACACUUCAAGUAUCUACCAAGAUGAGAUUACCUCAAAUAAAAAAGACAAUGGCGGAUAAGAAACUCAUAGACGAAGUUCUGAAGGCGCACAAUCAGUACCGGGCUCUCCACCAGGUGCCGCCGCUGUCGCACGACAAACACUUGUCGGCGCAUGCGCAGAAGUGGGCUAACAGACUUGCAUCCGCCGACCUGUUCGAGCACAGCGACUGCCGCUUUAACGGGAAGACCGUUGGAGAAAACAUCGCCAUGAAGUGGAGCUCCAGACCCGUAGAAUACUCGGGUCAAGAGGUCACCAACGAAUGGUACAACGAGAUUCAGAAGUAUAGGUUCGGAAAUCAACAUCAACCCGGCUGUGGUCACUUCACCCAGGUGGUGUGGAAAGGUUCUAAGGAGAUGGGAGUUGGAAUGGCGAGGGAUCAAAAGGGAAAUAUCAUCGUGGUGGCAAACUACUACCCUGCCGGGAACAUGUUGGGCGAUUUCGCUAGUAACGUCUUUCCUCCUAAAGGCGGGAGCACCGUAAUCACUAAACAAUCAGAUAAUCCCCCAACGGAGAGAUCCAAUAGUAAACAACCAGGCUUCUUCGUUGGACUCGAACCGGGUAUCAGACAAUGUGGCGAAUCCAGAAGUGUGAGUACGCGCACAGUCGUUGAGGGGUCCGGCUCUAACAGGGUCACGAAGACAAUCACAGAGGAAAGAAUCACGAAAGCUGACGGACAGGUGAUUGUCAACAGGCAGGAGAAGAUCGUCACAGGAUGAAACGCCAUCUACUCCUCGUGGAACAUAGCUGGAUUUUUAUACAUUCCACAGAAAUAAAGACACUCAUUUUUUUAUAUAUAUAAUGUCUAACACACACACACACACACACACACACACACACACACACACACGUAGUAUUUGUUACAUAUGAACUAAUAUUAGUAGUUGUAAUAUUACUAGUUGUAUAAUAGUAAUACUAUUAGUAGUAGUAUUGGUCAUAGUGUAGUACAGUAGUGGUAGUAUUCGAAGUAGUAUUAGAACCAUUACACAGUGUGCGUUCCCCUCCCCUCACUUGAGGACGAAGAUAUACGGGUUUUGGGGGGGGGGGUGUGUGUUUUGGUCCAACUUUAUAUAAAUAAAUAUAAAAAUAUGGCAGUGUCGAAGCUGAAUUUGAUGGAUGCCGGAAACGUAAACCGAUGAUACAAUAAAUUUUGAUGGUAAACUAGA